AUGUGGUUCACUCUGAACAUCUGCCUGUAUCUGUCUUUUAGCUUUAUUUUGGCAGCUUCAAUACUCAGAUCAGACAUGUGUCAGCUCCAAGGGCACUUCAGGUUGAAUGGAAUGUACAAGAAUGGAGAUUUUAUAUUUGGAGGCCUGUUUGAUGUUGAUUUCCUCACAGUGUUCCCAGAGCUGAGCUUCAGAACUGAGCCAGAACCACCAUUCUGUGAGCAAUUUGAUAUGGAAAGCUUUCAGCAUGCACAGACCAUGGCUUUUGCAAUAGAUGAAAUCAAUAAGAAUCCCAGUCUGCUGCCUAACAUCACUCUUGGUUACCAUUUUUAUGACAACUGUGUGAGGCUAGGAAUGGCAUUCCGGGCUGCCAUAUCCCUGGCUAGUGGGACAGAUGAGUCCUUCUCAAACCUAAACUGCACUGGCCCUCCUCCGGUGAUUGGGAUUGUCGGGGAUCCUAGUUCAACUCCUUCCAUUGCGAUUUCCAGUGUUCUGGGACUGUUUCGAGUACCUAUGGUUAGUUACGCUGCCACCUGCUCCUGUUUAAGUGACAGGAAAAAAUACCCCUCUUUCUUCAGAACUAUCCCCAGUGAUGCCUUCCAGGUGCGGGCUAUGGUUCAGAUUUUAAAAUAUUUUGGAUGGACCUGGGUAGGUCUUGUCUACAGUGAUGAUGACUAUGGCAUCUACGCUGCUCAGUCCUUCCAACAGGAAAUGCAGCUGAUUGGAUAUUGUUUUGCUUUUUCUGAAAUCCUUCCCCAUGUUAACAACCGCAGAGAUAUUCAGCGAAUAAUGGGAGUAAUUCAGGCUUCUACAGCUAGAGUGGUUGUUGUUAUUUCUACAUCAUCCUUUCUGUUGCCUUUGAUGGAUGAGGUGGUGUUGCAGAACAUGACAGGCAGGCAGUGGAUUGCAAGUGAAGCUUGGGCCACCGUACCUCUAUACCACACUCCACGUUUCCUGCCCUUUCUUAGGGGCACACUGGGCAUUGCCGUUAGACGUGGAGAAAUUCAGGGGCUUCAUGACUUUCUGCUACAUCUUUGUCCGAGCAAUGAUCCAAGAAAUAAUAUGUUGAGGAUCUUCUGGGAGAACAUGUUUGGGUGCAGUUUUGAAACGGGGGAUAAAGAGACAGAUGGAGAGCAAGUGAAAAAGGUGUGUACAGGAAAGGAGGAUCUGAGCACCACAAACACACCAUACACUGAUGUUUCAGGUUUGAGGUCAGCGUAUAAUGUCUAUAAAGCAGUUUAUGCGCUGGCACAUGCGCUUCAUGACCUGAUUCAGUGUGAGGAGGGUAGAGGACCAUUCAGUGGGAACAGCUGUGCUGACAUAAUCAGCCUGAAACCCUGGCAGCUGGUUUACUAUCUACAGAAAGUGAACUUCACAACAGGUUUUGGGGAUCAUGUGUCAUUUGAUAAGAAUGGAGAUGCUCUGGCCAUCUAUGAUGUGUUAAACUGGCAGCCGAGCUCUAAUGGGUCAAUAAGUAUCUACACGGUCGGUGUAGUAAAUGAAGGGGUGGCAACGGGGACGGUGCUCACACUGGAUGAAGAAGCAAUUUACUGGAACUUUGAGACAAAAAAGCCCCCACGGUCUGUGUGUAGUGAGAGCUGCCCCCCAGGAACCAGACGAGCCACAAAGAAGGGCCUUCCUGUCUGCUGUUUUGACUGCCUGUCAUGUGGAGAUGGAGAGAUUUCUAAUAUAACAGAUCCUAUUGAGUGCACAGUGUGUCCAGAUGAGUUCUGGUCUAAUAAAGAUAAAGAUCAGUGUGUCCCUAAAGAUGUAGAGUUUCUAUCCUAUGAGGAACCUCUGGGCAUCUCUCUGACCACUGCUUCCCUGCUUGGCACCUGCUUCUGCGCUCUUGUUAUGGCCGUCUUUGUUCGUCACCAUAACACUCCCAUAGUACGCGCCAACAAUUCAGAGCUCAGCUUCCUACUUCUGGUGUCACUCAAACUGUGUUUCCUAUGUGUGCUUCUGUUCAUUGGUCAGCCGCAGCUGUGGACGUGUCAGUUAAGACAUGCUGUGUUUGGCAUAAGCUUUGUCCUGUGCAUCUCCAGCAUCCUUGUCAAGACUAUGGUGGUAAUAGCUGUGUUUAAGUCAUCUCGGCCAGAGGGCAAAGGAGCAAUGAAAUGGUUUGGAGCAGUUCAACAAAGAUGCACAGUUCUGGUCCUAACAGCCCUCCAGGUUGUGAUAUGUGCAGUCUGGCUAUCAACUGCCUCUCCAACACCCCAUAAAAACAACCAGUAUAUCCGCUCUAAAAUAGUUUAUGAAUGUGCUAUUGGCUCAGUGGCUGGUUUUUCUAUGCUGCUGGGAUACAUUGGACUGUUGGCAGCAGUAAGUUUCCUUUUAGCUUUCCUGGCGAGAAAUCUUCCAGAUAAUUUUAAUGAAGCAAAGUUCAUCACUUUCAGUAUGUUGAUCUUCUGUGCUGUCUGGAUUGCGUUUGUUCCAGCAUAUGUGAGCUCUCCAGGAAAAUAUGCAGUGGCUGUGGAGAUAUUUGCCAUUUUAGCUUCCAGUUUUGGAAUACUGGUGGCCAUAUUCGCCCCAAAGUGCUACAUCAUCCUUUUACAUCCAGAGAGAAACACUAGACAUGCCAUAAUGGGAAGAGAUACACAAAAGAAAUAG